AGCAAAUACCUGAUGACAUCACUUCAGAGGUGGCGCGAGGGAUGCCAGGGAGACGAGAAACAAACAGCCAGGAUCAGUGUGCCGAAGAAUGGAGUGCAGCUUUCCUCCGAAAAUCAGCACCGUCCUUAUGACGCCAGACCCCCACUACAUUCCAGGGUAUGGUGGCUACUGUCCACAGCUGAAGUACACAGUGGGGAAUACUUAUGGCAGACUAACUGCACGUCUUCUCACAAGUCCAGAGGUCAGGCAUUCCAAGCGCCUUGUGCUGCAGUCUAGUCCAAUCCAGCUUCCUGAACUGGAAAAUAAAGCUCAUGAACAGAUAUGGAACAGCCAGAAGAACAAACAAAAGUAUUCCCUGAAGCUGAUUCCUGGAUAUACAGGUUUUGUUCCUAAAAGCCAAAACCAUUUUUCCAAAACAUAUGCUGAAACCUGCCGGGAUGCUCUAAUGGAAUUUGAGAAGGAUCGACAUUGGAGAAAUGAGAAGAAUUCUGCUAUUAGAAAAGCCUCCCAGCAAAGCCUCCAACAGUUGGAUCAGCAUAACAGCUCAUUGGUUUCCAUUCAGAAGAAUGUUCAUCCUUACCGUUCUCUUAAGGAAUGGUAUGCUCAGCGAUCUCCUUACUUCAUGGAUGAUGAAGACCCAAAUAAAUACUUUGUAUCAGGUUACACAGGCUAUGUCCCCAGAGCUCGUUUUCUCAUUGGCAGUGGAUAUCCUGCAACCACCAAUCAUGCCCUUAUUCUUUUAAAUAAACAAAUACAACAAGGUGAAUUAGAAGAAAGUGGACAUCAAAGCAAUCUCAAAGUGGAUCAAAGCUUUCCCUGUAUCUCCUGUAUUUACCCAAACAACCUAGGGCUCUUGCCCAACUACACUGGCCAUGUACCAGGUUAUAAAUACCAGUAUGGACAUACAUUUGGUCAGCUCACCCACAAUUCUCUUGGUAGAAGUAAUAUUGAGAAACAAAUGGCUGCAUGAAGAAAGGAACCAUAAAAUGCACAAAAAAACAUGUAAUCUGAUUUAUGGAUGAAAAAUGGGGAAUGAAGCAUGUGCCUGUGUUUCAUGACGAACAGGCAGCAGAGGCUCGGCUCAAGGUUUUACCCCAGUGCCAACAUAAUUAUGAGAUUAUUAAAGUUUUGUUAGUUUAUCUGAUCAAAUGUUUAUUAACUUACAGGAGAUAAGAAAUUAUAUGAAGUCAGUUACUGUUUAAUAACAUUAAAUUUAUAUGGAUAUAAAUCAUAUUAUACCUAGGUAGAUGUGUGUUUAUGCUGCUAUAAAUAUUAUUCAAUAUAAUAAAAGGAUGAGUGCCUA